AAAAAAAUGAGAUGAGUUGAGAUAUGAACCAAUGACGGUAACUAGAUCCUCGUAAACAAUUUAGUGCGAAAAUCAAAUCUGUGAUUCUCUCCAGCUUUUUGACAACUGCUCCACUGCCAGCUGAGCUUCCCUGGGAUAUUCGAACGUUCAGUGUUCUCACUCCCAUAAAUCUGACUCUUUACAACUCACUGGUAACUCAGGUCAACUCCAUCCUAGGGAAUAUAUGUUCUGGAAUUGGAGUUUCUGAUCAGAUUUCAUCAAACCCAUCUUUUCCCACUUGAGAAACAAGAAGUACAAUCAUCACACAGAGUGAGAAGAUUACUGGGUAUGACCCAAAUUUCUGUAAACUCGAACUAGUUUUUUUGUUUUUGUUUUAGUAUAUAUUGCUGCCCAUACCUUUUCUUUGAAAUCUGUAAUUGAAGAGAAAAUCAGUUAUUCCUUAUGGGUAAAGGAGGAGGGUGUUGUGCCACCAAGUACAGAUCACCUUUGGAUGAAUCUGAUAAUGAUAUUUUGCCAAACCCACAAAGGGAUAGUAGGUCAGUAACCUCUGUUCAAGAGGGUCAAAACCCUAGAACUGAUUCCACAGUCCCACUUCAAGAUGGGGCUUUACUCAAGAAAUUGAGGAUAUUCAUAGUGUUUUACUCAAUGUAUGGUCAUAUAGAGGGUUUGGCAAGGAUGAUGAAGAAAGGGAUUGAUGGGAUUGAGGGAGUUGAGGGGGUUCUGUUUCGGGUACCGGAGACUCUGUCGCCGGAGGUUUUGGAUCAGAUGAAGGUGCCAUCUAAGGAGGAGGAAAUCCCAGUGAUAUCUGCGGAGGAGUUGGUGGAGGCAGAUGGGUUGUUGUUUGGGUUUCCGACGAGGUACGGGAGUAUGUCUGCGCAGAUGAAGGCGUUUUUCGAUUCCACGGGCCAGUUGUGGAAGGAGCAGAAGCUUGCCGGAGUGCCUGCCGGAUUCUUUGUGAGCACUGGCACACAAGGAGGAGGGCAAGAGACCACCGCUUGGACAGCCAUCACCCAAUUAGCCCACCAUGGUAUGCUCUAUGUUCCAAUUGGAUACACGUUUGGAGCUGGAAUGUUCAAAAUGGACUCCAUUAGAGGUGGCUCACCUUAUGGUGCAGGAGUAUUCUCUGGGGAUGGAAGCAGAGAACCAAGCGACACGGAGCUGGCACUUGCGGAACACCAGGGCAAGUACAUGGCUAUGAUAGUUAAGAGGGUUGCCCGGCCUUAUGAAUCCAUAGCUCCUGAUCACAGCACUUAGGCUGCGUCUGGAUCAUGAAUGCGGAGGGAAGAGAAAAUGACCGGGAAAAAGGUAUUCAAAACUUCUUCAAUCAAUUCCCAAAAAUCCGAGAUCCAAACACAGCAUUAGCUAGUCCUGUAUAGGAGUCAACGUUUCAUUUUCCAUGGAACAUACAUGUUGAUUGUGUGUACGGUCUACAUAUUUUGUGAGCGGUAGACUUCAGAUAGCCAAGAAUCCAUUUCUCAUCUUUUUAUUUUAGCUUGAGUUUCUAUUCUUCCCUUUUUUCACCGAUGCCGGUACCAUUUGUCGGAAGUUCAUUUGUAUAUGUUCUGGUUUUCUUCUGUUUGAGUUUGUGUGAUUCACAUUGAGAUUGUAGGUUUGUGCCCUCUGGUACUUGUUUAUAGGCCCAGUGGUGUGGGAAUAGAUUUUCUUACCAUUUCAUAAACAUUUAGUUUUAUUGCUUUA